AUGGCCCGCAACAACCGUGACGACGCUCAAAAUGAUGACAACAAUUCAAUUGAGCCGAUUGUUAAGGCUCUCCAGAAUAUACUCACACACUCCACAUACGCGUGUGGUGGCUCUGUCAACGGCCUAGAUGACACCAACGACCAUCCAAGUUCGCCGAUCACGAUCCGCUGGGGCUCUUCAAGCGUCACCGAGAAACUGAUUCUACCUCUACAAGUCGACAGUAAGGGUAUAGUGGACAAUGCACUUGCGAAGCUCCUCGAAGGUACCGAGCCUGCUGGUUUCGGAUAUCAUGGCAGGGACGUCAUGGACAAAUCGUACCGCAAGGCCUCCAAGCUCGACACUUCCGCCUUCUCUACCAACUUCUGUCCCUAUGAGACUGGUAUCGUCGAUGUUGUUGCGCAAGCUCUGCUUCCAAUGUCCCCCAACCAGUCACAGGGUGUUCAAGCUGAACUCUACAAGUUGAAUGUCUACGGAGCACCGUCAGGUCUGUUCAAGCCACAUAUCGAUACACCACGUUCUGAGAAGCAAUUCGGCUCACUUGUCGUCUGUUUGCUGUGCGCUCACGAAGGAGGUCAGCUCGUCGUCCGCCACAAAGGGCACACUACUAUGUUCGAUUGGUCUGGUGACGUCAACGCUACACAGUGGGCAGCAUUCUACAGUGACUGCAAGCAUGAAUUCCUCGAAGUCACCGCGGGCCAUCGCAUAACCCUUACAUACAACUUUUUUCUGCCACUCUAUCGCGAGGUCGCGAACUUUUUGAAUAGUCCCAAUUUCAUGACCAAGGGCGGUAGACUCGGAAAGUAUUGCUCUCAUGCAUAUGCUCACGCCACUGAGGAGGGCUCAGAAGCUCUAUCUGCUGUUCUCAAAGGGUCAGAUUCCAAGGCAUAUGAGGUGUUCCGCUCGCUAAGCAUCAAGACGCUCAUUCGACCCGUACUUCACACUGCGAGUGAUGAAGAAGACGACAGCGAAGCAGAGUAUGACUCCGAGGACCUUGAUGAAGAUGACGACCAAGAGGAUCUCGAACUUGCGUGCAUCGGCAAAGAACUCUCCGAACUCGUUAUGUCAAGUAAAGGUGGCAGCGAGUUCGAUUGCUGGAGCGAAUUCUGGCCCGGGUAUCCCCAUGAACGAGUCAAGGUACAAUGGUUGAAUCGCACUACUAUAAGUAAUAUGCAGUUCGGCUUCCUCAAGUACGAUAACGAGGCAGAGAUUGGUUACGCACACAGCUUUUGCGCUCUCAUCUUCGUCAUCCCUCCUCACGAGGAGGGGUGCAGGAGGAACGCAGUGAAGUAGCGCCAAACGCCCUGCGUCUUCAAAAUCUGAGACUUUGGAU